ACACGAGCGCGAUUGUGGCAAAAUGCUACGAGAGAGAAAGAUAUAUAUAUACACUAUCUUCGUCUAUUAAUUCUAACCUUAAUUAAAAAUAGUAAUAUUGCAAUAAUUCAGCUGUCAAAGGAUACGCAAUGAAAAGAUUUCUUAAAAAUCCUGAACGAUGAGUUAUAUGGGUAAAAAAUGUUAACCGAGAAGAAUGCGGGUACCGACAAACAAUUCACUUUUUUGUGAAGUUCAUUUUGCUCCAGAGAUGUGGCAACAAAGAGCUGAUGGUAAAAAAAAGUUAAAAUCAGAUGCUAUUCCGACAAUAUUUGGCUUUUUUAUCAAGAAGCAAAAUAAAUCAAUAGAGGAAAUGGACAAUAAUACGCAAAUUAUAGAAUUUAUCAAUGAUUCCAAAAAUGAUAAUGUUCAAAAUAAGGAACAAAUUAUUAUAAUUGAUAAUUCUGAGCCAGAUAUUUCAUCGAUACCAUGCAUUUCGCCUACAAUGGAAUCAAAUAGAAGUGAAGUACAAAUUUAUAGCAUCAAUAAUACAGAAUCUAUUGAAUUAAUCAAUGAUCAUUUAAUAAAGGAUGUCCAAAAUAAGGAACAACAGGUUUGUAUAAUAUAAUUACUGUACUACAGGUAUUAUAAAAACACAGUUAUUACAUAUGAACAG